AUGAGGGACAAAACCAAUCAAAAAGAGGAGAAAAUCAAGUUGGCAACAUGUAAUUUAGAUGGUAAAGAUUUACAAUGGUAUAGGUGGUUGAAGAGAACUAAACUUGUAGUUACUUGGGGAGAAUUUGAGAAAGCCAUUAUUAGUCGUUUCGGUAUUACUUCAUAUGAAGAUGCAGGAGCAAAACUCGCUAAAAUUAAGCAGUCAGGUUCAUAUGUAGAAUAUUGUGAAGAAUUUGAACGAUUAUCAAAUUUGGUGGAUAAUUUACCUGAAGAAUUUUUAGUGAGCUGUUUUCUAAGUGGAUUAAAAGACGAGGUAAGACUAGAAACUCAAUCCCACACUCCUAUUAAUUUACAUGAUGCAAUGGCAAUUGGAAGGUUACAAGAUAAGAAGGUAACAUUGCGAAAAAAAUCAUACAGAAUAGCACCAAAGACACCUAGUGUUGUUAAUACUAGUAGACCUUUUAAUUCUAGAGCACCUAUAUCAUCUUCAAAACCGAUGACAGAAACUCCAGUUGUUAGAAGAUUAACUCAGGCUGAAGCUGAAGAAAGAAGAAAGCAACAACUAUGUUAUAACUGUGAUGAAAAGUGGCACCGAGGUCAUCGCUGUAAAACUCAGACAUUGUUCUUAAUUGAUAAAUAUGACAAUCAGGAUGAAGAUGAAGGUACAGAUGAAGUUGCUAUAGAAGAAGAAUCUGAAAAAGAAGUCGUCGAGAUUUAUAUGCAUGCACUCGAUGGAUCAUUAGCUCCACAAACCAUGCGGGUACAAGGAGAAAUUAAGAAGGCUAAAGUUACCAUACUUAUCGAUUCUAGAAGUACCCAUAAUUUUGUUGAUUCUGUGAUACCUAAAAGAAUGGGAAUUAAGAUAAUUAAAGAUGAGACUUUUGAGGUGUUGGUAGCUAAUGGUGCUAGAAUGACUUGUGAAGGAAGAUGUUUGGAUCUGGAUUAUAAGUUAAAUAAAUAUGGGUUCAAAAGAACUUUUUAUGUAUUAUCACUUGGGGGAUGCGAUGUGGUUCUGGGAGUCCAAUGGUUAGAAACGUUGGGUCCCAUAACUUGGGAUUUCAAACAUUUAACCAUGGAUUUUAAGAGAGAUGGUGAACGUAUUCGACUAGAAAGAGAUAAGAAAAAUAAAGUAAAGUUAGCCAACAUCAAUAACAUCCAGAAACUCUUAAAUAAGGAAUCAACUGGGUUCUUUUGCAAAAUCAACCAAUGUUCAGAAGCACAAAUUAGUCAAGAAACACCAGGGGAGAUACAAGAAUUAAUUGAAGAGUUUGGUGAGGUGUUCUCGGUACCCACGAUGCUGCCACCUAUGAGAAUCCAUGAUCACCGCAUAACGUUACAACUUGGGAGUGCUCCAAUCAAUUUACGACCUCACAGAGCUUUAAACCAUGCUACUGUCAAGGAUAAGUUUCCUAUUCCAGUCAUUGAUGAGUUAUUAGAUGAACUACAUGGAGCUUUAUUAUUUUCGAAGCUAGAUUUAAGAUCGGGUUAUCAUCAAAUUAGGAUGUAUGAACAAGAUAUCUACAAAACAGCUUUUCGAACCCAUGAUGGAGACUAUGAAUUCCUAGUGAUGUCGUUUGGAUUAACUAAUGCUCCAUCUACAUUUCAACAUCUUAUGAAUGAUGUGUUCAGAAAUCAAUUAAGAAAAUUUGUCUUGGUUUUCUUUGAUGAUAUUCUGAUCUAUAGUCCUACUUCAAGGUGGAAGGCACUACUACUAGCUGAGUUUCAUGACUCUCCAAUCGCUGGUCAUGCCGGAUAUUUGAAGACAGUAAAACGUUUAUCUAAGUUGUUCUACUGGUCUAGAUUGCAUAAAUAG